AUGUGCGAUGAUUGUACUACUGUCAGUUUCAAUAUGAUGGUCGUCGUCGCGUUAAUCGUUCUUUUAAGUUUCUACUCAUUUCCAAACCCCCCGAAGCUCUCUAUAGAGGAAUUCACGAUUCAAGCCUCCACCAACUCGUCAGACCCGACCGCAGGAAACAUCUAUUUCGACCUUAAACUCAGAAAUAUGAAUAAGGCAAUCGGUCUUUACUACGAUGACCCGUUAAGCAUUGCCUUCUUUUAUUACCCAUAUGAUGAUCCUUACCAGAAAUAUGCGUGGGCAGGCACUCUGGCAGGCUUUUACCAAGGUAAUGGCAAGACUAAGCAUAUCAAAUCAUUCAUGGGGAACGACCUCCAACUUCCAUCUACGGUGGUGGUCGACCCAGAAGAGCACAUCCAAGAUCUUGUAAAGACUAAUCAUGUGAGAUCCCUGCUCAAGGACCACCUCCAGCUGCCAUCUACGUUGCCAGAGACUCGUCGGGACAUGGUGGGUCGGUUACUGGCUUUGAAUAUUAGGAUAGCUGUGAUUAUUAGUUAUAGAUUCAAGUACUGGGUCGGAUCAUCUAGCCAUCAACUCCAGCUGGGUGGUAAUCUGUUGGUUGACCUUGACACUGGUGAGAUGAUUUCACCUGCUAGCAUUGACUUGGUAGAAUCCGCAUCCGCCGCCGGAGGACCAGUGAUGCUCGUGGUACUUUUUACUUCGUUUGUUCUUACUAUGUGUUUUUAA